CUUGCGGGUUACAAUGGGACAAUUUUUGCUUAUGGCCAGACGGGCAGUGGCAAGACCUUCACUGUCACAGGAGGAGCUGAGCGCUACAGCGACAGAGGCAUCAUUCCCAGGACACUCUCGUACAUGUUUGGAGAGUUUCAGAAGGACAGCAGCAAAGUCUACACAACCCACAUUUCCUACUUGGAAAUUUACAAUGAAUGUGGUUACGAUCUCCUUGAUCCUCGUCAUGAAGCUUCCAAACUUGAAGACUUGCCCAAGGUGACCAUCAUGGAAGAUUCCGACCAGCACAUCCACCUGAGGAAUCUCUCCCUCCACCAGGCGAACAAUGAAGAAGAUUCUCUUAACCUGCUCUUCCUGGGAGAUACUAACCGAAUGAUAGCAGAGACUCCGAUGAACCAGGCCUCAACCCGCUCCCAUUGUAUCUUCACCAUCCAUGUUUCCAGUCGUGAGCCAGGGUCGGCCACCAUCCGUCGCUCCAAACUACACCUAGUCGACUUGGCUGGAUCAGAGCGGGUUACAAAGACCGGAGUGGGAGGACAGCUACUGACAGAGGCGAAAUAUAUCAACCUCUCCCUGACAUACCUAGAACAGGUGAUUAUCGCACUUGCGGAAAAGAAUCGUGCACACAUCCCUUAUCGAAACUCCAUGAUGACGUCUGUUCUGCGAGAUAGCCUGGGCGGAAACUGUAUGACCACAAUGGUUGCAACCUUAUCUGUAGAUAAGAAGAACCUAGAGGAAUCUAUAUCCACUUGCAGAUUUGCACAGAGAGUUGCACUGAUCAAGAAUGAAGCCAUUCUAAACGAAGAAAUUGAUCCCAGAUUGAUCACUCUCCGUUUAAAGAAAGAAAUCCAGGAGCUAAAGGAUGAACUAGCCAUGGUCACUGGACAGACGAGGACCGACAAACUCUCGGAAGAAGAAAAACAGAAGUUGUUGGAGUUAGUCACCGGUUUCCUGGAGGACACCGAUGCUGAGGCUUCGUUGGAGAUUGGACCUGACAUGCGGAAGAUUCAACACUGCUUCCAGCUACUAAAGGGUUUAAUGAAAGAGACACAACAAUGUAAACCUGGCUUGCAAAUGGACAAUGGAGUCUCAACCCCUGAUACCAAUGGAGAUGGUGACAAUAAUGCAGAGACGCGACUAAGAGAAUUAUUGCAGCAACGAGAUAAUGAGAUCAAUAUUCUAGUGAACAUGCUAAAGAAAGAGAAGAAGAGGGUACAAGAUGCCGUCAGCCAAAUAAACUCGGACAACCGUAUGAACAUGCCCCCCUCUAGCGCCCAGUCCUUCAAGGAAAGCAAUGCCGGCCGCCAGUCUAAACCCUUUUCUGAAGUAAGAUCUAUGAGCAACAUAAGCACCUCCGGAUCCGAGUCAACCUUCGUUUGCAGCAGACUAGGGGAGAUGUCACUUGGACGGCAGGAGGCUUUUGAGAUCUUCAGGAGGGACCAUGCAGACAACGUGACCAUUGAAGACAACAAACAUCUUCUGAAGCAGAGGUACAUGGAAGCAAAAUCACUUGGAGAAAAAGUGAAUCAGGCCAGGAAUAAAAUCAACCAAUUGAAAGGUCAGCUGGAACAGAGACGGAUGCAAAGGGCUGCCAGUGGUGUGACCAGCGAGCCAGUGAAUGCCCAUGACCCCGAUCAUUUUGAAGAAGAACUUCGAGAGAAAAUCGAGGAAGAGAAAAAGAGCUACAAAAUGACCUUCAACCGGCUCAAAGGGCUGAAGACAGAGAUCGAGCAUCUGGAACACCUCCAUCAAAAGGCCAAGGUGUUGAUACAGAAAGAUUUCGAGGCUUGGUGGUCUGAAGAAGCAGCCCGGCUACAGGCCCGGCGAGAACAGCUGUCCGAGGCUAUCAGCCAGAACUCUUGGAACACCAACUCUGUGACUCCGACACUCUCGCAGAGGGGUAUUCACAGCAGCAGCAGUGUUGAAACAAGCGGAUAUACAAGCGCAGACUCCUUCACGCAAAGCAACGCCAGGACCCUCCAAACCACUCCAUCCCAGGCCAGCGCCACGCCAAGCAGCUCGUCCAUUCCUCUGACCGGCGAUGGACAGACCGACGCGGACAUCCUCGCCUUCGUGCGAGCAAGGCAAAGCCUCAUGCAGAAGAAAGGUCUAAGAACUAAAUAGUUGCCUCCGAAGACAAUGACAAGCGGAUUGACAGGACUGAUGCUUGGAAGGUUCUGGGAAGCAGUAAUCACUUUCCGACGUCAGGGAACCAGCUCCAAGAUGUGGCAUCCGAUGUUUGAAUGCAGGUCAAGGAGGAACAGGGUGAAACUAUUAUUGUCCGUUCCCUGCCUACGCUUUCCAACAGCAAGUUUGCCAUCGCAUCUUCUCCUCAAUGGACAAGAUAUUGUUCCCGGGGAUAUUGCUGACAGAGGUCCACUGGCACUCUCUUCAAUGUUUCCCUGACUGUUACUAGAUUGCUGGGAAUCGGCGCCAUCUUUUCUCUGGCACCUGGCGAGAUACCACGGUGUGUCCUGCAGUCCUUUGUCCCAUUUUAUCAUCAUGUUUGCUCGCUGUGCCUCUCUGCACAGGCGGGGGACCUUUACAUCGACCAAAUGAUCAGACUCGGGUGGCCGCUACAUGUUCCCAAUGCCUGAGUCACAAGAGCAAAUAAACUCAUCAUUGUGCAA